UAUUUUGUCAAUUCUCCUCUUUUUUCUUCUUUUUGUUUUUAUUUUUUCUUUAAAUAUGCUCAGUAGACAGCUUUUAUAUUUGAUUGAUUUUCUAAGUUUUUAUUCGUUUAACCUGCUACCCAUGAUUGUUCAUUUCUUUUUAUUCUGUUAAUACUACCAAUUUUGAUGUAAUCUUUCUCAAAUUUUUUUCCUUUUGCUGAAUACCCAAUUGAUCAUUUUGGUUAGUGUUUAGGACUUUGGAUACGGUGAUGAAUCUGGUUGUUUUGAUUUUUUUUUUUAAUCAUUUUCGUGAUUGUCUAUUCUAUCUUUUGUUUUGUUUUGUUUUUUUUUUUUUUGGUCAUAUUAGUAUUUCGUUAUUAACAAUUAUGGCGUCAGAGUUCAAUCAUUCUACUUCCUUUUAUUUUCAAAUUAUGAAUAAUAGUAAUAAUAUCAUCACCAUUGUCAAUCUGGAUAUGACUUCAUCACUCUGUUUGGAGAUCAGUUCCGUGCUAUUGGAGGCAUCUGAUAGGUUGAUCGGUCCUAAGAUUGUACUUAACCUUCAACUUCAAAAUUAUUUGAUAGCUAUAAUGCUCUUUCCAUGCUAUUCUUUUGUUGAAUUUGAAUUUUCGGCAUGAUUAAACUGUUGCCACUUGCCAAUGACCUUAGGAAUAUGUUAAUAACUGCAACUUACAGUUUCCUUCUGCUAUGUGCAGCUUUUAAGUUGGCAUCUUAUUGUAGAUCAAUGGUUGAUUCUGCUUGUUGGACACCUUGAAGCUUGGUUGGUUUGUCCAAGAAGUUCUUUCCUUUUUUUUUUUUAAUAUAAAUCUAAAUUUCUUGUAUGAGGCAGGUGCAUGCCAUGUGCGUGUAGAAUAUUAUUCAAAUUGUCUCUUUAUAGCCUCUGAACCUUUUUAUGAAAGAGGGCACCAACCCAACUUCUUACAUGGAGGAUGUUCAGUUGAAUACCAACUGGGAUGAUGUGAUUUGUCCUAUAUGUUUGGAUUUCCCUCACAAUGGUGUACUCCUCCAAUGCUCAUCUUACGAGAAAGGCUGCCAUCCUUUUGUGUGUGAUACAGACCACUUGCAUUCAAAUUGUUUGGACCGAUUCAAAAAUGCAUAUGGGAUGUCGUCCCCUUCAAAAUCUGAUACAAUUUCUAUAACAAACAUUCAGCUAACAGUACCUGAAGACAACUGCAGGCCAACUUGUCCCUUAUGUAGAGGGGAAGUCACUGGAUGGAUAGUUGUUGAUAAUGCUCGUCUAUUUCUAGAUGAGAAGAAGCGUUGUUGUGAGGAGGAACAAUGCACAUUUGCUGGAAACUACUUGGAACUACAGAAACAUGCUCAGUUGGAGCACCCUCAUGCACGGCCUUCAAGAAUUGAUCCUGCUCGGCAGCUUGAUUGGGAAAAUUUUCAGCAGUCCUCUGAGAUAAUAGAUGUUUUGAGCACUAUACAUUCUGAAGUCCCACGUGGGGUGGUUCUUGGAGAUUAUGUAAUUGAAUAUGGCGAAGAUGAAUCUGGAGAUGAAUUUGAGGACUUCCCUGGUGACGAAGGUAACUGGUGGACCUCUUGUAUUUUGUAUCAGAUGUUUGAUAACUUCAGGAAUUCUAGAAACAGAAGGAGAUCAAGAGUCACUGGUACUAGGAGGGGAAGUCGCCGCCCUAGUUAUGCUUCAUCAAACUCUGAUGAGGGUUCAGUGACUUCUGUAGAAUAUGCAGAAUAUAGAGUAGAUGAGACUGAUGAUGAAUUUGUGAGCACAAGUGCCCCCUCAAGAGCUAGCUCCAGCUAUUGGAGUUCUCGAAGACGCCGUUCCCGUUUCUAUGAUAAUUAGGCUGUGCUUGUUAGGAAGGAUGGAAAGAGUUAAGGAAAGAGAACUUUUUAAUCUAAUGGUUAAAAAAUUAAUAGCCACUUUCUUACAUUAGAGCUUAAUCAUUAAAUUAAUAAGAUUUUCGUCCUCACUUUUUUCCAUCAUUGCUACCAAGUAAAGCCUUGGUUUCUGUAGAGGUUGAGGCAUGACUUGUUUUUUAGGACUUACGAGUGAUAUUUCGACUAUUCUAGUUUCAAUCAUUGAUUCAUGCAUUCUCUCAAUUUUUGCUAGCAGCAACCAAGAAGAAGUGAAGCUAAGGAUUGAUACGGUAGAAAUGGGAAGCAAUAGCUACUUGCUGCAGCAUAUAGUUUUAGAUUUUAAAAGAUGUAAAAAAAUAUACCUUUGGAACUUGUUAUGCUUGUGAUUGAAUGUUCUUCUGGCUAGACUUGAAUUUAAAACAUUAGAAUUUUAUAUGUUUAUGAGCACAUUGGGAUCAGUUUUCAUAGACAUUUCAUUUAACCAAGAAAUGAUUUUCAAAUCAAAAGAAACGAUUUUCAAGAAAUGGGCAACGUAAAAUUGAACAUAAAACAUGUUCAUAAAAUCUUUUGGAAGUAGUAGUAUUUAUUGUUGUAACGGUCAUGGAUGCAAGUCAAAUAAUAUUAGAUUCAAUUGAAUGAUGUGUUUAGGGUGUGCUUUCAAGAGAACAUUGACAGCACAGAACCAAACAAGAAAGAGAACAACUUUUAGUAUUGGAGAUGUAAAGGAUAAUACGUUCUAAUUCAUAUAUAUCCAUUUCUUCUACUCUGAAAGUCUUUCUUUUCGUUUCUUUUGUCAAAAUUUCUCUUUCCAAUCACUUCACAAGAAAACA